AUGGCGUCAACCAGCGCGCAGACUAAUAUGAUAGACAAGCUGAGGUCUCUGUUUCUUUUAUUAGACCCAAGUGUGUCAUCAUUGUCAGAGGCAGAAACAGAGGAAAGAAAUGAACUUAUGAAGCGUUUGGAGUAUUUUGAAAUAUGCUGUAAAAAGCAGGCAGAUUAUUACCGCUUGAGGCAUCAACAAGGGACCAAGUACAACUUUAGCACCAUCUUGUCCAGGUUUCUGCAACUGAUACGUGAAUGUGUCCUAUCCCAUCAGUGGCCCGAAGCUCUCAACCUGAUACAGAGUCUCUGUUAUGAGGUCACGGGUGUCGAUUGUGCAAUCUGGAAGGUUGGUUUGGCUUGCUUGUUUCAGGACUGUGAGAAAAAUGGCCGUCUCGUGGAGCAGUUUGUUAAGCAGGUCUGUGUGCUCCGGUCACUGACUGUAGUGGAGGUUCUGCUGGACUACCUGCUGUUCAUUCUGACACAGGCACAAACUGCAGAUGCUAUGCAACUGAUAAAGGAUCUGAAGGAGAACACCCAGUAUGCAAACAACUUGAAGAAUAAGAAAAGGAUGAUGGCACACACUCUGUUCUUUGCCUACCAGGGCCUGGCCUGCUACGCGGAGUGGAAGUUAGCCAUCUUUAAAGUGUCUCAGGACAACGACGAUGUGCGGAUGAAUCUUGGGAAGAACACAGACACUGCCAAGGCUGUUGCUGAAAGUGCUCUGGAGUACUUGAGUACAGUGAAGGAUGUUCCUGGUGUUUGGGAUAUAUUUAUAACUCGCCUUGUAGAAAUUCAUGAAUACUAUGGAAAAGUAGAAACUGCUCGGAGUAUUCUAGUAUCUUACAGAGAGAGGAACCCUGGCAAUCCUAAUGCCCAUCGUUACCUGUAUGAGUUUGAAUCUAGGAGCGGCGGAGAUGAGUUUGUUUUGCUACAAUGUUUGCAGGAUAUUAUUCACCUGGAUCCUUGCAAUCCUCUGUGUCUAACUCUGUAUCAUCUUAAAGAGAAAAAUGACCCUGGGGCUGUGGCACUUCUCUUUGACUACAUAGACUACACACACUGUAGUCAGAAUGAGCAGGUCUGGCAGGUGUUGGCAGACAAGUUGAACAAUGCAAACAGCAAUAAUUUAGAGGAUGUCUUGAAGCUAUGCUGGGAGACCAGAAGAGAUUGGUGGCCAAAUGUGGUAUUCAAAGAUCUUGAUCUGGACGUGUCUGCUACUGGGGUGUGUCAGCCAGGAACACUUCUGUGGAACAAACGCAUAGUACGGGAUGUGCUGCUUCAUUUAGGUAACUGUUGGUUAUUAUCCGGCUACACUGAUUGCAUGCUGAUGUUGUUAUUUGAAGGUUAG